UGUUGGUUCAGGCGACCACGCGCAGAAGAUAAGAUAAAGAGGACAUAAAAUGCCAGAGAUGCGCAUCCAUCCCUCACAGACACGCGCUCUGCCGCCUUCACCACUUCCGGUCUGUUCCUCACAGCAGCACCAACAAUGUCUCCUAAAACCAGCCGCACACCUGAAGAGACGUCCUGCAGGUUUUCUGUCCAAAACUCCGGUGAAAACUCGUCCCCGAAACAGCAGAACUCUGCAAGACCCCUGAAGCAGGGUGGGCCGAGUGGGCAGCGGCGGCGYAGACUGAAGGCCAACGACCGGGAGCGCCACCGGAUGCACAACCUGAACUCGGCCCUGGACGCCCUGAGGGACAUCCUGCCGGCGCUGCCCGAYGACGCCAAGCUCACCAAGAUCGAGACGCUCCACUUCGCCCGCAACUACAUCUGGGCCCUGACCCAGACUCUGCGCCUGGCCGAUGGUCCGCAGGGGCUACCGGGUCUGAGCGGUCCAUCCAGCGUCUCCUCUGUGGACUGGGACUYAUCUCCAUCAGACUCUCACGGUUACCUCGAUGAAACCGGCAGUGAGGCAUUCCCAGAAGGCGAGCCGAAGGUUUUUCCUGUUUUAUACUUCAAGUCAGUUUGUGAAGGAACUCGUGUCAGGACCACCUGGACCCCCUGACUGCCAGGAAAACUAGAGGAGAUGGUUGAUCACUUUACCUGUUUUAGCAAAAUAACUUGUGAAUCAAUGUAUUGAAGGAAAUCAGCUUUAGAGUCGCCUCAAUUUAAACAGCUGAUGGAUACUUCMCCCACAUUAAACCAUGAAUCAUGUGUGGUAGUAGCUGAGAGUCGUCCUCAGCCAAACUCGUCACAGUUUGAGUCUCUGCUGAGAUUUUCAGGAUCUAUAAUCAAAUAUGUAAAAAUUCUCUUUAGAUCUGUUCAAUUCUUCUUGUUUUAAUGUUAAAAACAAAGAACAAUUUGUUGGAAUGUUUAUUUAUUUAUUUAUUUAUUUGGCAGGUAUGUUUGAUGUUUUUUGUAUAAAAAUGUUUCUUUCAUUAAAAACAUGAACUUUUAUUCAGGGAACUUAUUUGAAGCAUA